UGGCGGGAGCUCCUGCCAAUAGCCGAAGCCCCCUGCAUCCCGGGCUCCUCCGUUGUCAUGCGCUUCUUCCACGUGUACUUGCGCGCUUUUUUCAGAGUUCGCCGUUCGGUAACGUUGUUGUUGUUGUGGUGGUGUUUUGUUUUUUAAGCGCGUAGAAACCUCAAGACUCUCCGUCACUUGAAGACUUCUGUCGUCACUUUUAUUUUGCAAUGUUUUUGGUGUGUCUUAGCAUCGCGCCGAAGUCUACAAACUAAAAAUGCAGGACAUCAUUGCCGGAGUGGAAAAAAUCCGCUUUGAUAUUGAAGUCGAUGUGGUUAACCAGAGAGGCACGCUGCCGUUACCCUUCCCAGGAAUGGACAGUAAGAAUCGACUUGUCGCCUGAAUCGGGAUCUGCAGUGUGUGACUUCUUCAGCAAAGGUCAUUGCAAAAAGGGAGCCGUGUGUUCCUUUCGUCAUCUGCAUGGAGAAAAAUCAGUUGUGUGCAAACAUUGGCUACGGGGCCUCUGCAAAAAAGGGGACCAGUGUGAAUUCCUUCACGAGUACGACAUGACAAGGAUGCCAGAGUGUUAUUUUUAUUCUAAAUUCAAUGAAUGCAGCAACAAGGAGUGCCCUUUCCUUCAUAUAGACCCUGCCUGCAAGGUGAAGGACUGCCCGUGGUACGACAGGGGAUUCUGUAAGCACGGUCCUCUGUGCAAGCACAGACACACUCGCCGAGUGAUGUGCCCCCAGUAUUUAGUGGGCUUCUGUCCGGAAGGGGCUAAUUGUAAGUUUGUCCAUCCCAAAGCUGAGUUGCCAGUUAGCAUUGAUCCAGCAAAGGUUGCUGUUUCCUCUACAAAUAAAUCUUCUCAAACUCAGUCAACAAACGCAACUUCAUUCGUCUUGCGCCAGGACUUGGUUUUUCAGAAGAUACCACACUUUAAUCUGUCUGGUGUUGGUAUUGUCCAUUGCCAGCAAAGGCAUAUGCAGGAGGCCUCUACAUCCACACAGGGGUCUAUGAAGUCAUUCCAGCUGGUUACUUGCUAUAAGUGUGGUGAAAAGGGCCAUUAUGCUAACAAGUGUGGAAGAGGUCAUUCUGGCUUUGUACCUGCACACUGAACAUCGAAGUACCAGGCUGCUUGAAACAAACGACUCUGGCUGAGUAUUCUGAAGAGUGAUCCAGAUCGAGAGACCGCUGGGCAGGACAGUGCCACGUGAUUUCCAGUUUUCACAUUUAUAACCAAGUUCUACUAUCAAGAAAAAACUUUUCAGAUUAUUUAGUCUGAUGUAAGUAGAAAUGUAUUUCAAUUAAAACAAAUUAUGCUUUUCUAUGUAA